UUCACGGCAAGAGCAGAAGAGAAGCAGCUCCAGGAUGAUUGCUGUGCUGCUGUUGGUGUUUGGACUGACCCCUGACUACAUAUUUCCUGUCAGUGCUGACAUCCCUGUGGUCCCAAACUUUGACCCCCAAAAGACUGUCGGGAAGUGGCACCCCAUCGGGAUGGCUUCCAAGCUGCCUGAGUUGACUGAGUAUGAGCAGAAAAUAUCACCGAUGGACCACAUUGUGGAGGUUACAGAUGGAGAUAUGAAACUCACCGCUAAUUAUAUGUCGGACGGUGUCUGCAAAGAAGCAACUGCUAUGUUAAAGCACACAGACAAACCUGGUGUAUUCAAAUUUACCGAUGGUGAAGUUCAUGUCAUAGAUGUUGAUUUUGAAAAGUAUAUCAUGCUUUACGUGAAGAAAUCAAGUCAUGAGGCCCUGUUCCUGUCUGCUAGGGGGCCAGACGUGGAAGAUGACAUCAAAGAAAAAUUCAAGAAAUUAGUCUUGGAGCAAAGUUUUCCUGAGGCAAACAUCAAAUACUUUAACGCUGAACAAUGCACUCCAACAGCUGCUUGA